CUGCCCCCUCCCCGCUCCUCCUCGCCUCAGACUCCCUCCCCCCUCACGUCCGCCCUCUGCCUUCGCCUACCCAAGUGGAUUAAUUAUAAGCUUUCUGUUUCUCUCAGUGCUGUCCUCUCCCGCUGUGAGCCUACCCGCCUCUCGCUGUCCUUUCUUCCUCUUUCCCUCUCUGUGGUCCCCCCCGUUUCACGUUCACUCUGUCUCUCUCACUAUCUCUGCCCCCCCACUAUCCUUGAUACAACAGCUGACCUCAUUUCCCGAUACCUUUUCCCCCCCAAAGUACAAUAUCUGGCCCGCCCCAGCCCUAAGACAGCCCAUCCUCCCUAAAGAAGCAGAAGAGACGUCGUCCCCCCCCCCCACCAAAAAAGCCAUCCCCCCGUUCUGGCCCGUCGCACAUUCGGCCCCCGCGACUGGGUCGGAGCGGCGCUGGCAGAGGAGUGCCCGGCAGAGGGGCCUUCGCCCGCUCUUCGGUUUGCAAACACGCAGCAGGGAGAUUGGGUGGUAACUUCGCCGGCUUCCAGAUACCAAUGGGGACCCCAGUGGGGAAGUCGAUGUUGGUGCUUCUGGUCUCCUUGGCCUUCGCCUGGUGCUGCAUUGCUGCUUACCGCCCCAGCGAGACCCUGUGCGGUGGGGAGCUUGUUGACACGCUUCAGUUUGUCUGUUCGGACCGCGGCUUUUACUUCAGCAGGCCUUCAAGCCGUGCCAACCACCGUCGCAGCCGUGGCAUCGUGGAAGAAUGUUGCUUCCGCCGCUGUGACCUGGCCCUCCUGGAGACAUACUGUGCCACCCCCGCUAAGUCUGAGAGGGACGUGUCAACUUCUCUGGCCGUGCUUCCGCGCCUCCUCUUAAGGACGACUUCCCCAGAUACCCCGUGGGCAAGUUUUUCCAAUAUGACACCUGGAGACAGUCCUUCCAACGACUGCGCAGAGGCCUGCCUGCCCUCCUGCGUGCCCGCCGGGGUCGCAUGCUCGCCAGAGAGCUCGAAGCGUUCAGAGAGGCCAAGCGUCACCGUCCCCUGAUCGCCUUACCACCCAUCGGUCCCGCCCACGGGGGAGCCUCUUCGGAGAUGUCCAGCAGUCAUCAGUGAACCAAAUUGUUUGGUAAUUCUGCAAUGUAACACCAUCACUCUGUGGCCUCCUCUUGAGCAGGGACAGUUCCAUCAUGUCCCACACUAAGAUCUCUCUGCUCCACUUCCUUCCCUAGGCUUCCCCCCACCUCCCCCCAUGCCCCGCCUCCCCACAUCAGGCUACUUUGCCCCACACCAUCGGGCAAACAAAACCAAAUCAAUUGGCUCUAAACAACUAAACCAAAUUGGCUCUAAAGAACCCAAAAAGUUGACACCCCCCAAAUAAUUCUAAAAAAAAAAAUCUUUAAACAAAUUGCCCCUUUAAAACAAAUUG